GGUCUGGACAAAGCGGCACCGGAAAAAUACGUGUCGGCGCGAUAGUUCUCGUUUUACAAAUGGCCAUAAUAUAAAAAAAUUGAAUACAACUGUCGUGUGUUAAGUAAACUCCGAAACAUGACAACUGAGGAGGAGAGGGGCGUAGUGCGUGUCAAAGUCAAGGAGCCUGCCUGUUACACGAAUGCAGUAAGCCAAGAAGUGGGAGGGGAUGCUGCCAGUGGAGCUCCGCUCGUUUGCUGUGGAUCCUCAGAUAACAUCACUAGAGGUGCUACAGCACAUCCUCAUCCGAGCCUUUGAGUUAAAUGGCAAACGCAAUUUUGGCAUAAGUUACCUGUCCCAGGACCGUGGAGGUGUGGAAGUCUAUCUCUCUCUCCUUUCUGACUGGGAUUUAGAAGCUGCUUUUGUCAGUGCAGCUAAACCUUAUCUACAGCUCAAGAUGGACAUGAAUCUCUCCGAAGACAGUCCCGUUAUGGAAGACUGGGACAUAAUAAGCCCCAAAGAUGUGAUUGGUUCUGACCAGCUUCCUGGGGAUAGGAGGUCGUUGGCUGCUGCCGCCCUUCCCUUCACACAGUCCCUGCUCUCACAGAUGAUGGGUCGAACGCUGUCUAGAGUACAGCAGGCCUUGAGCUGGUCGUAUGGGGAGGAGGUGAAGCCUUUCAAGCCCCCUCUGAGCGAUGCCGAGUUCCACAGUUACCUCAACGGCCAGGGGCAGCUGUCCCGGCCAGAGGAACUGAGGCUACGUAUCUAUCACGGUGGGGUGGAGCCCUCUCUACGCAAGGUUGUCUGGCGAUACCUCCUGAACGUGUACCCCGAUGGGCUGACCGGUCAGGAGAGAAUGGACUACAUGAAGGGCAAGACUAGGGAGUAUGACCAACUGAAGGGGGAGUGGUCAGCGAGGGCCAGUCCAGAGGACCUGGAGUUCAUCAGGGGCAAUGUACUGAAGGACGUCCUCAGGACCGACCGGGCCCAUCCCUAUUACGCUGGCUCCGAGGACAGCCCCCACCUCACUGCUCUCACCGACCUGCUCACCACCUUUGCCAUUACACAUCCACAGGUGUCGUACUGCCAAGGCAUGAGUGAUAUUGCUUCUCCGAUACUUGCCGUCAUGGACAAUGAGGCACAUGCAUUCAUCUGUUUCUGUGGCAUCAUGAAACGCCUAGAGGGAAACUUCCGUCCGGAUGGCCAUUUCAUGUCCGUCAAGUUCCAGCAUCUGAAGCUGCUACUGCAGUACUCAGACCCCGAGUUCUACUGUUAUUUGGUGUCCCGUGGAGCUGAUGACCUCUUCUUCUGUUACCGCUGGCUGCUCUUGGAACUCAAACGGGAGUUUGCCUUCGACGAUGCCCUGAGGAUGCUGGAGGUCACCUGGAGCUCCCUGCCCCCUGACCCUCCCGAAACAGAAGUGGAGCUUCUUGGGCCUCCGCUAGAAACAGACCAAACCAUAGUGACAUGUGAGAGUGGUGUUGAAAAGAGGCCCGCCAUUACAGGGGAUGAUGGAAAUGAAGGGGAGCUGAAAGAGAAGCAGCGGAGACGACACAUGUUGAGGCCCUCAAGAGAGGCAGAUGGGGGGAGAAAGAUCAAAAUGGAGGAUAGAGAGAUGGAGGACAGAGGAGCCAGAAGCGAAGGUGAGGGGAACUUUGACAUGCCUGACGUGGGAAAGGAGAAGGCUCACAACAACAUGCCUGUUCCUUCCUUCGAGAAGCAGACCAGCUUUGGCGAGUUCAAAUACUACAGUGCACGGAACAAAGACUGCUUUGAUUUCGAGCAGACAGACCCACCAGUGGGUCCUGUUGAGAUGGAAGCCGCCUCACACCCAUGGGAGAGGGCGCCUCUUAUAAAGGACAUUAACAAGUCUUCCAGCCCAGAUAAAGAGGCGAGAAGCUCCCCAAAUGGACAAAUAGCCUCUCCGGUCUCCUCGUUUCCUCCUGGUCUGCCAAACUGGAAAAACGUUUCCUCUCUGUCUCCAGGCUCCACUCCCUCCCCCUCAAGUUGGAGAGGUGCCUCCCCAGACACCCCGUCACCAAAGUUCACCUCUCCCAUUUUACCCAACGGAAGGAUGGCGGUGCCGAAUGGAACCGGAGCCAACUCACCCGCUACCCCCACAGGGAGGUCCUUAGUUUCCUCUCCGCUGUUGUCUCGAGCGUUGCUCUCCUCGCCAAUUUUGUCCUUUGGAAGAGCUCUUCCUUCGCUGCCCGUUGGACCGGUGAACAAGUCCUUUUCUAGUAACCUUCAAUCUCCUUGCAGCAGAGCUUUCAGCACUGCGCCUCACACUCCAAAUUCAACCAAACCAGAGAAUACCACCAUCAAACCUUGUUCCCUGCCACCUCCUCAAGAGUUUGGCAAAGGAAAUCCUUUCAUGUUGUUCCUGUGCCUGUCGAUCCUGCUGGAGCAUCGGGACCACAUUAUAAAGAACGGCUUUGAUUACAACGAGCUGGCUAUGCACUUUGACCGCCUUGUUCGGCGACACAAUCUGGGCAGGGUGCUGCAGCGCGCCAAGGCCUUGUUUGCAGACUACCUGCAGAGUGAGGUAUGGGACUCAGAGGAAGGGGAUGAGGUCAGCUCGGAUUCGCCCACCACAGUCACUGCUGCUCUGUAUUCCCCGCCCCCUUCUGCCACCAGGCUUCUUUUUAGCCCUUUGUCAUCCCCACAACCAUCCUCCCCAAACUCCACCUAUAACCUGGCUGACACCAUACCUUCCCCGUCACCUGUCUCCCUCUCGCCAUCCUCUUGACUUCUGUCACUAUAUCCUCAACACACUUGCAUUACACAGAUUUCAAAUGUUUCACCUUUAUUUAACCAGGUAGGCCAGUUGAGAACAAGUUCUCAUUUACACCUGCAACCUGGCCAAGAUCAAGCAAAGCAGUGUGACACAAACAAGAACACAGAGUUACACAAGGAAUAAACAAAUGUACAGUCAAUAACACAAUAGAAAAGUCUAUAUAUAGUGUGCAAAUGAAGUAAGAUUAGGGAGGUAAGGCAAUAAAUAGGCCAUAGUGGUGAAAUAAUUACAAUUCAGCAAUUAAACACUGGAGUGAUAGAGCAGAAGAUGAAUGUGCAAGUAGAGAUACUGGGGUGCAAAGGGAGCAACAACAAAAAUUAACAAUAUGGAGAUUAGGUAGUUAGGUGGGCUAUUUACAGAUGAGUUGCGUAUAGCAACUGUCAGCAGCUGACGCUUUAAGUUAGGGAGAUAUAAGACUCCAGCUUCAGUGAUUUUUGCAAUUCGUUCCAGUCAUUGGCAGCAGAGAACUGUAAGGAAAGCCGGCCAAAGGUGGUGUUGGCUUUGGGAUGACCAGUGAGAUAAAGCUGCUGGAGCGUGUGCUACGGGUGGGUGUUGUUAUGGUGACCAGUGAGCUGAGAUAAGGCGGAGCUUAACCUAGCAAAGACUUAUAGAUGACCUGGAGCCAGUGGGUUUGGUGACGAAUAUGAAGCGAAGGCCAGCCAAUGAGAGCAUACAGGUCGCAGUGUUGGGUAGUAAAUGGGGCUUUGGUGACAAAACGGAUGGCACUGUGAUAGACUGCAUCCAAUUUGUUAAGUGGCGUGUUGGAGGCUAUUUUGUAGAUGACAUUGCCGAAGUCAAGGAUCGGUAGGAUAGUCAGUUUUAUGAGGUAUGUUUGGCAGCAUGGGUGAAGGAUGUUGUGAAAUAGGAAGCCAAUUUCUAGAUUUAAUUUUGGAUUGGAAAUUGCUUGAUGUGAGUCUGGAAGGAGAGUUUACAAUCUAACCAGACACCUAGGUAUUUGUAGAUGUGGCAGGGUAGCCUAGUGGUUAGAGUGUUGGACUAGUAACCGGAAGGUUGCAAGGUCAAAUCCACGAGCUGACAAAUCUGUCGUUCUGCUCCUGAGCAGGCAGUUAACCCACUGUUCCUAGACAGUCAUUGAAAAUUAGAAUUUGUUCUUAACUGACUUGCCUAGUUAAAUAAAGGUCAAAUAAAAAUUCUAAGUCAGAACCGUCCAGAGUAGUGAUGCUAGACGGGCGGGCAGGUGCGGGCAGCGAUCGGUUGAAGAGCAUGCAUUUAGUUUUACUUGCAGUUGGAGGCCACAGAAGGGGAGUUGUAUGGCAUUGAAGCUUGUCUGGAGGUUAGUUAACACAAUGUCCAAAGAAAGGCCAGAAGUAUACAGAAUGGUGUCAUCUGCAUAGAGGUGGAUCAGAGAAUCACCAGCAGCAAGAGCGACAUCAUUGAUGUAUACAGAGAAAAGAGUCGGCCCGAGAAUUGAACCCUGUGGCACCCCCAUAGACUGCCAGAGGUCCAGACAACAGGCCCUCCGACACACUGAGAAGUAGAAUUAUGAAUGAAUUGACCAGAUCGUCAAAUCAAUGUAUGAAGAAUUGACCAGAUAGUACUAGCGUACUCUAUCCAUUUGUCCCAUUAUCGUUGCUCAUCUCAUUUAGUUCUCCACCCAUACCAGACUUGAAAGUUAAUGCUGAUAGUUUUCCCUGCUGUCAGUAUUGCUCUUCUCUCCAUUUCCUCUAAUCAACAAGUCCUCAUGCUUCCAUCAAGUUUUCACUUUUUCACAAUGUUCUAUUUUUGCCUUCUCUUUUAGUUACAGGGAUAAUUAGAUGUUUCAAACACUUUUUUUAAAUGUAUUUUUUACUUCUAAUGAGGGCCGAGGGCUAGACACGUUUAGAACCUUAUAUUGGAUAAGCCAGAAUUGUGUCUUCUUGACCAAAGAGCUGUAGUUGUGUGAUCACACUGCUAAGAACCAACACUGCCACUUUGCUAGUCUUGACUUCAUUAGCGGCAGUGUGUGUGGUUACUGGUUUUAAGCCCCUCUAUUCCCUGACUUGGCUGCCGUUGGAGGGAGCAGUGGGAAAUUGCCAUUGGAACUAUAGAAAAAUGUGAAUGAGUCAUGUGAUUCCCUUAAAUGCCCUCUUCUUGAGAAUGUCAAAUAUGCCGGUAUUUGACCGUACACAUCCCAUCAUCGUGAUUAUGAGGACAUAACUGAGUUUUGUAAAUGUUAUAUUAAUGAGUUAUAAUUGCAUACUGUUGAUCACCUCUAGUAUCAUUACCUUUUCUAUCAAAAUCAUUUCAGUACUGUAUAUGAUUUUGCGUUGCAAGGUCACAUUUUCACUAUCAAGGUGAGAUUAAGUUCUUUCCAAAUAAACUAUGAAGUAUGGUGUGCUGUAUAGGAAUCUGAACGGCAAAGACAAGUUAUAUUGGGAGAGGCCUUUUCUGAAAUGAAUGGCUUUCAGUAAUGUAGUUUCGUGGCCAGUUUCUGCUUUGUUUGCUUUUAGAUCGCAUAUAACUGCUAUGAACUGCACUUUAUAUUAAGGGGUACGUUUUACUAUUCAGGGGUUUAAUGAAUCAAUGGAUCAUUCAGUCGAUCAAACUGUUUAAUAUAUCACGUUGCACAAAUGAUGCAUUUGUCCUGAUCAUGAAUGGCCCCUGUGAUCAUAGGGGAUGGAUACAUUGUACAUAGCUACUAUAUGGUGCUAAAAUAUUUGAUUAGAGUAGGAUUUAUCAUGGGUGUAGGAUAAUGGUUAUAAAUAUAUGUAAACAUAAAAAGUAAGGAUUAUGUUAGUCUAGAAUUUAUUGAUUGGUCGAGCUGUACACUUGAAGCGAAACAUUUCGCUGUGAAUGAUAUUGCCCGCUUUCAGCAGGGCACAACAUUGUGGCACGUCCAGAUUUAAAUAUAUUAUGUAGAACAAAAAUGCCUCUGACAUGAAGAAUAAUGUUGGAUUAAUGGAAAAGCCUCCCCUUCAAAAAGUACACUUCAGGAAUAGAUUUUUAAAUAUAUAUAUAUAUUUAGAGCUCUUUCAAAGUCUUGGGAGUCACGUCAGCUCUUUUCAUUACAUUUCUAUCUGCAAUGUUCCACAAUGUUUGCCCAUUGAAUAUUACCCUGGUAUCAUGUGCAGUACCAAUGGAAAUGGGGUGCAAGUGCAUCUAUCUCAGUUGUUUUAGUAGCAUUGAUUUUGUUUGUUUUUGUGUGAGCUUGAUACUAUAAUCUUAAUGUAGUAUUUUUGACGGAGUAAAUAAUCUUCAUAUUGAACAGCUUGUGCAUAGCCGUUAAGGUUGGUUUUCACAAGGCAGAUGUAUGCCUUUGUGCGUCCUACCAAAACCACAGGGUCCUUUAUGAAACAUUUUGUACGAGUACUUUUUAUUUAACCCUUAUUUUACCAGGUUUAAGUGCUAUGUAUCAGACAAGGGGAGUUGAUAUCAGUUUAAAUGCCAAUACCCAGCACAAAAUGCCUUCAUCAGGUGAAGUAGUACAACCUGUAGGUGUAGAGAAGACAUGUGGAGGACAGGCCGGAAAGUGGGUUGAGUUGGUGUCUCUAAGUAUAUGUAAGCAAUAAGGCCACAGGAUGUGUGGUAUAUUAGCCAUAUUCCACAAACCCCUGAGUUGCCUUAUUGCUAUUAUAAACUGGUUACUUUCAUAAAUAGAACAGUAAACAAGUAUUUUUGCAUCAUACUGUGGUAUAUUGUCAGAUGUACACAGGGCUGAAAUGCUGUUUCAGCUAACCAGCAUCCAGGACCCAAACUACCCAGUUUAUAAUGUCUAAGUGUGAAAUCCAAUGCCGGAGUGGAUUUGUUGCUGGCAUGCUGGACACAUUUUGAAAUGGAUCAUAAUCUCGUAAUACACCACAUGUUGAAAGAAGACAUGGACACAUUUUCAUGGACACUAAGUGAUCGUAUUGUCUGUCAUUUGGAUUUGAAAUCUUAUUCAUAUACCAGGUGUAGAUAGUGUCAUGGAUAAUAAUGCCCAAACUGAAUGAAUAUUUUAAUGAACCAGAAAACAUAAUCAUGAUGCCCAUCUGCAUUAAUCCUAUGUGGGAGAAAGCAUCUUUUAUGAUAAAUGUAAUUGCUUUGCAUUUUCUCUCAAGUGUUCUAUUUUCCUGCCUUUUGAUUCUCCCUUCAGAGUGCAAUAUUUGUUGCAAUGUGCUGAACUCCUGCAUUUUUAUGGUACAUCCCCCCCAACAACAUUGACCAUAUUUCUAACACUUUGGUAAUGUUCAUUUCAUCUGAGGUUGUAGAAAGAUGAUAUGAAGAUCAGGAUUGUUUUGGGUUUUUUAAAACUGGACCAGGCCUUUUUAAACAAGGAUCAAAAGAUGUUGUCCUGGAUUUGGUGUCCGUAUUAUUUCAAUUGAUAUGAUUAUUUGUUUUCUUUGUUUUUGUAUGAUAGUGUUAUAAAGCCUGUUUAAACAUUUACCCCUUGAAAACAACUUGCUGGACUGAAAUGCAAUAUGCGUAUUUGUACAAUAAACAAACGCAGUAUUUGA